AUGUUUUCCAUAUUUGUUCAGCCUCCUUGAUUCAAAUACCAGGAACAACUCAGCCAGCACAAAGCAAAGCUUUGGGGGGCAAAAACCCUCACACCCCCAUCAGUGUGCGCACACACACACGCACGUGAAAACCUAAAGUUCAUCGGCAUGGGAAAGAAGGAGAAGAAACCCCAGCACAGCACGUCCCCGAAGGCACCUGAAGGGGAGAAAGGCACUGACUCGAACAAGACGCAGGAGUCUGAGAUGAAGAAGAAGAAGAAGCAGAAGAAAACAAAGGGGGAUCCCAAAGCUGGCCAGGAGGAGGAAUCCCAUACUUGUUGUGGCUGCCGUUUCCCUCUGCUGUUUGCUUUGUUGCAGCUGGCAUUAGGCGUCUCUGUAACAGUGCUGGGCUUCCUUAUGGCAGGCAUCAGUUCUUCUCUGCUAGUCAGAGACACUCCAUAUUGGGCUGGGAUAAUUGUCUGCGUGGUGUCCUUAGUGGGAUUUGUUAUGCUUUGCAUUUCAUACCAACCUGAUGAGAAGACAUGUGUGCAGUUCACAGUAAAGUUGAUGUAUUUUCUCCUGAGCGCCCUGGGUCUGGUUGCCUGUGUUUUGGCAGUGGCUUUUGCUGCACACCAUUAUUUGCAGAUGACAAAAUUUACCUGCAACACCAUCUUUGAGUCCUGCCAGUGCAAACUGGACACUGCAGACCCCCUUGGUAGAACCUUCAUCUACCAGGAUGCAGCUGACUGUGACAGCCUCACCAGCAUGCUCAACCUGUACCUACUUCUGCAGAUGGCUCUCAAUCUGGUCGCAGCCCUGGUGUGUCUAUCGGCAUGUUUCGUGAUGUGGAAGCACAGAUACCAGGUCUUCUAUGUGGGAGUUCGGUUCUACUCUUUAACUGCUACUGAAGGCCAGAAACAGAAAGUGUAGGUCUGGGCUGGCAGGGGUUAGCCAAGGAAGGGAAAAUGUCAGCAUACUGCCACUAUAGACACCACAGAUGGAUGAGCGUUUACAAGGUUUUUGACAGGGAAAAACACUCACACAGUUUAAUGAAUACAUUUUUCAAUCAUUUUAAGAGCAUUUCAUAUAGCUGCUCUUGCAAAAGGUCUCUUGUGAGAUGAUGUAGAGGUCACAAAGUCCUAAAGAUGCAGCUGUACAAAUACUCACCAAAGAGGAUCUUCAAUAGCCAUAGACAAAAUGAGAGCUUAAAAAAUCAUUGGGAACUCAUCUGCAGGGCUACAGCUGUUAAGAUAAAGGGUCCAUUUCCAUCACUGGUACCUGUCCUUGCCUUCAGAGAAGCUAUACCAAGGAUCUGGUCCAAAGUGCUUAAUUAUAAUUAUGCUGAUCAUGCCUAGGGAAUAUAUUGUCUCUUGGAUGCUUUGGGCAUAACCCACACUAACCUAAUGAGGGCUUAACAUAUGGAAAAUUAAUAAGGGAGGUCAAGACUUUUCAAAUGGAGGCUGAGACCAACAGCAAAGUGAAUAUAAACAACCGCCAUAGAAAAUAUAUGUAAGACUUUUCAGAGUGACUAAUGAUACAGGUUACCAAUUACUAACAAACAACAGUAUGAGUGGGUUCACUAAUGGGGAUUUGGGGAUAUUUUUGAUCCCCAGACAGAUUCCUCCCCACUUUCAGAGAAAAGAACAAUUAAGAAACCUUGAGUUGCACUCCCAAAGUGGAGGACCCUAAAUCACUAGUCACAUUGAAAACGAUGUUGUCGUUGCUCUAAUUGCAAUCCCAGGUCCCAAACCCGGUGUCUAGCCAGUUCCACCAAUUAUACUCCAAGCACAAAAGGCCAAAUGCAUUUUUGGUGUAACUCCUCUGAAGACAAUCAGCCUUAUGAACCAGCAGUGGAGUUGGGCCAAAAGCUCUGAAAGAUAUAUCCCUGCAACAAUGAAUGUUUUUAAAAUGGGGUGGAGGGAGGGAAGCAAGAAGAGACUGCUAGUCUCCCAAAGACAUCAUUUAUAAUGAUGAAGGCAAAAGAAUAGCUUUCUUAAUAAGCAGUAUAGAAUAACAAACCACAUUCAAGCAGUGCUUUUUCACUGUGAAAGUGUGGCUCUAGAAGUGCUUUAUGACUUACUAGCCUUAUAUCAAGACAAGUAUGUUGGUUUGUCCCUUGAACUGACAUUACUACUAGCACAGCACGGACUUCCAAAUGUAGGAGCAAUUCCAAACUGGCAGCAUUUUGCACUGCCUGCUGAUAGAUAUCUGUGCAAGGGCAAGCCAGCUGGUGCUCACACCCUGCCAUAAAUAGGGAUUUCCCUAUCCUGGCCAGAACAUGGGUGUCUCUGAGGUGGGGUGGAGCAAUCACAUGCCUGAAAAGCUGUGCCAUAAUCAUUAGCAAGGAGGAAGCAAAUAAGAUUUCAAGAAGGCUUCAAAGAAGCAAAACUUUUCUGUUUCUGCAGCAAAAAUAGCCACCAGGAAGUCAAAACCCCAGUCUGGCAAAGAGCUAGUUGUCUAAGUAGUUCUAAUAUUACCCAAAAACUCUCUUCCUUAUGGUGGUCACAUAUCAUCCCAGGGCUAGACCUGCAGGAUCAGAAAAUCACAGUGUAGUUGUCUCCCAUGGUCCACCUGCAGCACUGCUCAGAGUAUGUACUCAAGUGUUUGUCAUGGAAUGUGUUUCUAGAGUAGACAUAGUGUCACCAGGGUGCUCCUGCCAAGCUGCAAAGAGAGGAGCUUCAGAAAAUGAAGGAUUUUGAGACCAGCUUCCAAACAGCCUUUUUUAUGCACCUAAAAAUAGCAGUCACUAGUAAGCUUGACUGUGGGGCACAUUUGCUUGCGUACGUGUCACCACACACCCGAAGUCCUAAGCCUGGCUCCCAGGCAUGCCUGGAGCAAGCUGAGAUAGCAGUGGAAGGUACAGGAAGGCUGGCGAUGUAAGACCCUUCUGUCAGCAUUGGCGGGGCCAUCUGUGUGGUGCCAGGAACCAGCCUGUCUCCUCAACUCUGUUGGAGUGUGCUUGCAAGCAGCACUUGUGGACCUAUACUGCGGCCAGCCUUCUAUAUGAGAUGGAUGCACAGGGGUGCCUCUUCACCUGCUGCUUGUACUCAGAUGUCCCCUCAUUCCUCACACGACUCCAGCUGUGAUGUCUGUGGAAGUGCAGGGCAGAGGAUACAACUUCCUCCUACCUACCCGACCUUUGCUGUGCCUGCUUUUCCCUCCAGUCAAAACCGUGGUCUCUGCUCUCUGCAAAGAAGAUAACAAGAAGCAGGAAAGGGAUUGAGAGGAGGCUGAAUGACAGCUGAGCUUUAGUGCUUCCUCCUACCCUUGCCACCAGGCGCUGCUCCCUGAUGGCUGGUGAAGCAAGAGGAAGGCUCUGCUGGCAGAGCAGGGCAUGUUUUCCACCCUGCCCUUUCCCAAAUAUCCCUGUUCAGAAGGUAACUUGGUGUGCAGGACUAUAGCUUAGGCUGUGCUGUCUGCAGGCUGGCAGCAGCAAGCUGUUGUGAGAAACAGCUGUCCUGGCUGGCCCUGGCCAAGUGGCAUUUCCACCAGAGCAGGCUUUUGUCUCCUUAAUCUUUUGACCUCCAUCUCACUCACAUGUUUUCAUUCCCUGUCUCCCAACACUUCCAAGGUGCUGGGCUUCCAGAGGCCAGCCCUAUUAGAUGGGGCUGCGCUUGCAUUGCCUGGCCUCUGCCUACCCACUCCUGGGAUUAAAUUUGCUGAGACUCCUCUAGAGCGUGAAUGACACAGUGGUAAUGAUCUCAGAGUCCUGAAAAUGCCUUCAGUGAAGCAACAGGGAAGAGACAGGAGAUCUGGAUAAGAGACCCUGCUCCACUGAACAAGAUGGGCACCUUCAUAUAGGCAAACCCUCCACUUCCAGGGGCUGCUGUUACUGACUUCGGUUCACUGCGUGCUGCAGCUUAAACCUUUGCUUUGGAAGAAAGCAAUAUUCAUCAUGUAUUCUGUUGGUGCUUUGCUGUUUAAUGAAUAAAUAUGGGGCAUUUUGAUCUAGCAAAGACUAACUUCAGUAUUUCCUCCUUAUAUAUUUCAAGAGCAUAAAAUGCAAAGAGAAGACAUGGGGAAAUGGAUACGGUAGCGUUCUGAAACGUUUUCCCCCUGGGUUAUGGUUUUACACAUAUUUUGCUUGGAUGAAGAUCUUUGGAAAGUACUAAUUAAAGGUUUUUCACCAACCACAGUAUAUUCAGACAGCUCCCAGCCUUUUCCCCAUGUCAGAGUCCACAUAGACUGCACCAAGAGAAAGACUGGGACUAAAAGGCUUGGAAAGACCAGAGGUAUUGAAUAAAAAACCCUUUAUUUUUUGGAAAUUUAUUCUUUGGGUGAAUUCCACAGAAAGAAGUAGGAUUAAACCACUACAGACACAGAAUUUGUGAAGGGUUUGAUGUAAUUUACUCUCACAAACCCAGGUGUGAUUCUCAUUUGCACCCUGACCACUUUACACUGUUUUCCCAGUGUAAAGGGGUUGUAAAGACAGCAUCAAUCAUUUUUACACCUACUUUAUGGCCAUUUUACACAGGUAAAGGGGCCCUUUGUGUAAAUGAGAACUCAAGCCCUAGAGAAUUUAAUAGAGAAGAGAUCCUAUCUAUAGACUGCACUAGACCCUCUAAUAGGGUCUAUUACUGGGAUAUAACUCUACUGAAUUUUAUAGCGUGACUUAAAGAUCGUCAGUCUUGAUUAAAUUCAGCUCUGCAGAACUUUUCCAAAGGUGACAUGCACGCUCCUCCACCCCAAACACAUGCAGACAGUGAUGGUGUCACAUGAAUAACUGCUUGCUUUUUGAAAGGAGAAACAGCAGCUACCGCUUUCCUCUGGCUCUGACACAUUCUGAUGUUGUGCUAUGCAAAUACUGGAGUGACAAUAAUGGCAACGAAAAGGGAACCGAGACACGGCACCUUACACGCAGCCAAAAUGUCACAUUCUCCACCCCACCAAGGUGGCAGCCACUCCUGAUUAAGGGGCUGCAUGCUGUACCCCUCUCCAUCCCCUGCUGCCGCUGGACAGACGGUGCUGAUGGGUGAUGGUGAAGCACCGAUGGUCCUGACCCUGUGCUGGGGCAGCCACCAUCCCACUCCUCCCACCACCACCUUCAUGUGAUGGCCAUCUGCACCUCAUCAGCCCUCUGUGGGCACCACUUGGAGCUUUGCCUAAAGAGCAGCAUUGCGCAAGAGCACUGGGAAUCGCAAUCAACUCAGAGGGCUUGUUUUUACUCUCUUUCCUUUCUUUCCUUCACGCUGCCAGCCAGUGCAAUAUUUGCUUUAGGAGCCUUUCGAAACAGAAAGCACGCUGCUGGCGUGUGAGAGGAGCCAUGGUUCAGGUCCUCUAUAUUUAGAUGGCAUACGUCCUCUUGAAAUCUUCAUAGUCCCUUGCACCUCACCCACCCACCCGCGUACUCCUGCUUGCGUCUGGAAAAUGCUUUUCGGUCUUAGCAAAGGGUGUUGGCUUAGGGGGAUUCGAGGGACGUGCAGAGGAACAACAGCAGCUCAGUCCUGAGUGCGAAGCGCAAAGCCUCCUUAAGGCACAGGGCGGCAGGGCAGGCGGUGGGGACUCACCAUGCUCAGGCAGAUGAAGUCGGGGUUCUCUCCUGUUGUAACAUAAAUCCCAAGGCAGGGACAGCUUUUCCUGAGACAUACGGAAGGUCUCUGCCAUGUCACAUAAGGCAGCUCUGCACCCUCAGCUGAAAAUGCCUUCCUGAGCUCAGUUUUUGGUGGUCACACACGGUCCACAGCAUCUGUAGCAAGAAGAUGGAUUUUGAUGCUAAUUCAUGUCAGGUCUCUGUAGGUCCCACUCCCUGGAAUUUCUGCUUUCUGCUCUGCUUCUGCCUUCUGUAAUCACUCAUCAGUAACAUUCGUCCUCCCCUAAAUUUGCUCUGUAGUCAAGUAUUAUAAGCAAAGAUUGUGUCUACAAAGUUGGGGUACUUUUGGGUUUGGUACCCAAAAAAUCUUUUGGGUUGGGUAACUGAUUUCUA